AGGGACUUUGGAGGUAGAGCAGAAGAAACAUCAGUGGUUUCCAAAUCUUGUGACCAGCUGCCAGCAACUGCACUUCCUCCACCACUUUCCUCUGGAUCUCUGAGCUGCUCAGACUCUCUCUCUCUUUCUCAAACACACACUCACACACUCUUAUCUCUGUGAGCCUCCUGUGACUGUAGCCCUGGUCCGUCACCUGCACUCUUGCCACAGCAUGCAGCUUCUGGUGGUGUUAGCAGCUCUCAUGGGGGUUCUGUUCAGCGUUAGAGCAGCCGCCGUGCUCCCUGUGGAGGAUAGGAGCUCCAUCCAUGUGGACAGGGAGCUGAGCAAAGAGCGCAAGGAGCUGAUUCUGAAGCUGGUGUCUGGCUUGUUGGAUGGAGCUCUGGACACCAACAUGUUGCCGGGGGAAGCUGCACUUGUGGAUCUUGAGGAGCCGCUUGAGUCCCGUCUGGAGGAGAGGGCCGUCUACAACAGGCUAUCACUGCCUCAGCGCGACCGCAAAGCCCCCUGUAAAAACUUCUUCUGGAAAACUUUCACCUCCUGCUAACAGUGCCGCAAAACACCCGGCUCUGCCUGCCUACUGUACUCCUUCCCUGCCAGCUCCACAUGAACUGUAGUAGACCUCAGCUGUACAUAUCAUCUACACCUGUCACACAUGCGGCAUCGAUGGACUUCACUGACAGAGUGUGUCUGUUUGAAUAUUAAUUUAUGUAUCUAUUUAUGUAUACAAUGUAUGUAUUUAUGUAUGUAGCCGUUUCUUUCAGGGUCAAUAAAGCAUGGAUAUAACAUUUGA